AUGGAGUUACACCACUUGGGGCUAAGGCUACAAAUGUACAUCGAGCUUCAUUCAAGGAAGAGAAGAAAAAAGACUACAAGGCACAUUUACUUGAUUCAGUAUUGUGUUGAUAGCAAUAACUUUGAAAAGGUCGGCGAUUGCGAGUCGGCAAAGCAAGCUUGGGAGGUUUUGGAGAAAGCUUAUGCAGGGGCUGAUAAGGCUAAGGUGGUGAGGUUACAAACUCACAAAAGGAAAUUUGAGUUAACGCAGAUGGAAGUGAAGGAAACGAUCAACGAUUAUGUGACACUGGUUAUCAAAGAAUGGAAGGAUUUUGCAACGUUGAGCAAGGAUGAGCUUCAAAGUUCAUUAGAGGUGCAUGAACAAAGAAUGGACGAGAGAGAAAACGAUAAGGCAAAGGCAGAGAUAGCUUUACAAGCUCGUUUCAACGAGAAGAGUGAGAGCAGCAACUCCAAUAGAUAUGGUGAUCAAGGUAACACGAGAGGUGGAAAACCAAGGGAUAAAAGUAAAGUGCAGUGCUGGAAAUGUAAGAAAUUGGGACAUCUCUCGAAUGAAUAUGGUGCAAAACAGAGGGAUUCCCAAGGGGAUGAAGCUAAGGUUGCUAGGCAAGAGGUAGAUGAUGAAGAUAUGCUCUUAGUGAUGAUUACUGGGGAGUUUGAUGGCAGUUCAGAGGUACUGGCCAGCAGCUGCAACUCCCGGGACAGCAACUGCAGUAGUUCGGAAAACGGGACAAAUUUGCACUGGGAACAAAAUGUAAUGAUCUCGGUGCGAGAUGGAGUUCAAGGAAGCGAUGAAUGGUACUUGGAAUCCGGUUGUUUAACGCAUAUGACGGGGAGAAAGGAUUUGUUUGCGAAAAUCAAUCAAGUCGCAAAAAGUAGAGUUAAAUUUGUGGAUGAUUCCACUCUUGCGGUCGAAGGUGUCGGUGAUGUCUUGGUCGAGAAAAAGAAUGAUGGACAUUUUAUGAUCAAAUAUGUGUUUUAUAUUUUGGUUAUUAAGUGUAAUAUUUUGAGUGUUGGCCAAUUUCUUGAGAAUGGUUAUAAAAUACGCUUGAAAGACAAGAUUUUGCACGUUGUGGAUGCUAGUGGAGUGUUGAUCCUUAAGGCUCUUAUGGCUUCCAAUAGGACUUUCAAAAUGGAGUUGAAAGUGUUGGAGCAUAGGUGCUUAGCUACAGCGGCAAGUCGAUAA